CUGACGGUUGGCUUUGACUAGUUGAUGACGAGUAAGCAGAGCACGAAUUUAAAAACUGUUUACAAUUGUGAUAACUGUUUUUAAUUAAUUAACAAGUCUUGUGACCAAUGUAAUUGAAUCCGUUAAAGUGUAACGUAAAGUUCAGUCAAAUAAAGUUGAGAACGAUACUUCUGCUAGAUGAGAGAAGUUUUGUUGUGCGUCUGUGAAAAUGGUUAAAAUGGAAAAAAGGCCCGGUUUGGCCAGUGCUUUAGUACCAUCAAAGUGUGGAUCUACCCAGAACAUGGCUUCAAACAUUAAAGUCGUGGUGAGAGUGCGUCCUUUGAACGAAAGGGAGUUGGAGCAAAACAGUCGGAUUGUGGUGGACGUAGUGGACGAUAGGAUGCUGGUUUUCGAUCCCAAAGAGGAGAUUAGGCCGUUUUUCUAUCAAGGAGUUCAACAGCCAAAUAAAAACUUCCUGAAACGGGCUAAUAAAGAGUUGAAAUUUGUGUUUGAUAAUGUGUGUGGACAAAAUUGUUCAAAUAAGGAUGUUUUUGAAACAACGACGAAAGACAUGCUGGCUGCAUUGAUGGAGGGCUACAACUGUUCUGUGUUUGUGUAUGGGGCGACGGGCGCCGGGAAGACCUUCACUAUGAUCGGGAGUAAGGAGAACCCAGGAAUAACUUACUUGACCAUGGAACAUCUGUUUUACACAAUAAACUCUUAUGAGAAGGAGAGGGAGUUUGAUAUUGGUGUUUCUUACAUUGAAGUGUACAAUGAGAAUGUAUAUGAUCUGCUAAAGCCGUCGUCCACCCCACUGCAACUCCGCGAAGAUGCCAAGUAUGGAGUGAUGGUGGCCGGCCUCACCUUGAACAAUAUCAAGACGGCCCGGGAGCUCCUUAACAUGCUGGAGAAUGGGAAUAAGAAUAGAACCCAACAUCCAACUGAUGCUAAUGCUGAGAGCUCCAGGAGUCAUGCUGUGUUUCAAGUGUACGUGAAGAUGAGGUACAAGACGAGCAGCCAGCUGCGGCUGGUGAAGCUGUCGAUGAUCGACCUGGCCGGCAGCGAGCGCGCGUCCGCCACGGGCUGCGUGGGCGAGCGCUUCAAGGAGGGCGCCAACAUCAACCGCAGUCUGCUCUCGCUCGGGAACUGCAUCAACAAGUUGGCCGAUGCCAGUGCUUACAUUCCUUAUAGAGAUUCAAAACUGACUCGCCUUCUCAAAGAUAGUCUCGGUGGGAACUGCAAAACUGUCAUGAUAGCCAACGUGUCCCCGGCUCACAUCAGCUACGAGGACACAUACAAUACCCUCAAAUACGCAGCGAGGGCGAACAAAAUCCAACUGAGCAUUAAGAAAAACAUUGUCGAUGGAGACAUGCGGUUGUCUCAGUAUGUCAAGAUAAAUGAGGAGUUAAAGAAGAAGGUGAAAGAGUUGGAGGCGAAGCUGUCGUUGUCCAGUGUGAAGGUUGUCGCUAAGGAACCUGAUUUGGUUAAGGAGAAAGCAAUAAAAGAAUGGCGCCGUCGCAUAUCAGAAGAGUCGGCAAUACAUAGCAAGUUGGAAGAACAACUGCUUGGCCUGAUGUCGCGACAGAGAGUGUUGGCGCUGCGGCAGCGGCUGCGUACCCGCGCCUUCAUCCACGUGGCUGAUCUCGCGCACAGGUCCUCCUGCGAGGCCAUGGAACAGAUCAGCAACGAAGAAAUACCGCGGCAAGAGCGAGCGGCCGAAAGUUACAUGAAGCAAUCGGUCAGUUUAGAUUCCAAAGUCAUAAUCGCCUGGUCCAAGUGGGACGAGAGCCGCAAGAAACUUCACAUAAUUUGCGACCAAGCGCUUUCCGACUGCCCAGAAUUGACUGAUUUCGUACAAAAUAUCCAGCUAAGCAACGAACUGAGGUAUAUCAAAGCAAGAGACGAUUUAAGGCACAAAUUGCUUUUAAUAGAACAUGACGAAAUCGACGCAUUCACAGAGUACAUGAGCGACAUGCCGAGCAUGUUAAAGAAGUUGUACCUUACACUAAAAGGAUAUGAUAAAGUGACACCAGCAUUGAAAAGUGAAUACUUAGAUCUUAUGAAGAAAGCUAAACUCGCCAAAGGCAUAUCUUGGUCCGACAAAGACGUAGAAAGUGACGCGCAUUUCAAAUUCAUUUCAAAUCUAGACUUAGAAAAACCGACUACGAUUCUUGAUUUUACUAAUGCUAAAACAGACGACACUAACGCGACCAUAGACAUAGUGACGGACAGUGAUGAUUUGACAGACAUUGAGAACAAAGAACCAGUUAGAGUGUGCGCGAAACGGAAAGGCACUCCAAUAAAACUAGCUAAUAACGAGACGAUUGUUAUAAACGAUUCAUUCGAAUUGUUGGACACGGCGAGGAAUUUGAACUCCGCGAAGAAGGUUAAGCGGGAAUGCGGUAUAGUAUCUGGAGUUGAGAAUUUCAUUGACCCGAAAGAUUUGAACUCUACUUUUGUGUUGGGGGGUAAAGUGGAGAUGACCAAAAAACCAGCGAAAGUCGACGUAAAACAAGAGCCAAUCAAGAGAGGACUAACAGACAGGACAAAUACUAUGCAAAGGACUUUUAACUUCAACGAUCGAAAUGUGAAAGUGGUGAAGCCCGUGGUAGGCAAGGCAUUGCCGUUCCGCCGCCCCGCCCCGCCGCCCGCGCCGCCGCGCGCCCCCGUCGCCGGCUUCGGGUCCAGCCUGUCCAGGGAUGGUACGCCGCUGCAGAGGAAUGUGCAAGACUCUGCCCGUGGUAAGACGAACAAUGAAAAAUCAGUUGGUUAUAAAGCAGUGCGCGCGCGGGAGCGGUUCCAGAGCCAUCCGUAUUCGAGACCUGGCGGUUUACAUUCGAGGAAGUGAAGAUGAAGGCGAUAGUGAACAAGUACCAAUGAAGAGAAUUUGUGGGCGUAAUCACAGAACGUCGAAAAUCCGUUUAGUUCUAACGUAAACAAUCUUCAUAGUCCAUAUUGUUGAAAAUAAAUGUUAGACAGUAGUCAUUAAAUAGACAUUUCCUAAAAAGUCUAUUAAAUGAUAUUGCUGUAAAAUUAUAAAAAUACAUAGUAAAAUUAUUUACAUAAUAAGGCUUGUAAGCAAAAAUGUAAAUGUUUAUUUUGCCAAGUAAAGUUCGAUUUUUGUAUUUUAUCCGUCAUUGUCCAUUUACAUCAAAGAAAGAAAGAAAAAACAUUUCGUAUUAAUUGAUAAUAAUAAUUUUAAUAAUAUAUUGAAUCUUUUUUAUUCGUAUCAUGCUAGCUGGACGAAAUAUUUAAAAUUUGAUAGGAAAAUGUACCCAUAUUCUUCCAAUUUCGUCGUAAAAUUUUAUUUUUUUUACUAUAUCACAUGUAUUAACCGUAAAUAGAUAUAUUUCCUAUUUGAAAUACUAAAGCAAAGAAAUAACAAAACAAUUCUUUAGUAAAUAUUGAUAUUUGUUUUGAAAAUAGCAUUCUAUAUCACUUGUGCAAGUCACAUUUGGUAUUAAACGAAAGCUAAAUGUUUGUAUUGAGAAAAGAUGAAAGUGUUCAAUAUUUAUGAAUUCGAGUGGUUUUGGCGUCGUAAUCAAGUUAUUUGGAUGGAUUUUAUUUUAUAGCAUUAUUCGAAAAAAAUUGUUUAAAAUAUGACCACACGCAUUUAUUUAUCUAAAUAACAGUGAAAAUUACAUUAAAAUCGUGUGGUUUAAAAGACGAAAAGGACGCGGAGUGCGAGUUUGUAUUAUACUAUGUGUACCUUAGCAAGUCGAACGUCGUUUUGCGUUCACUUUCGAGUUAGUUAUAUGAGUUGACUGAUCCUGAAAAUAAAACUAAGCUUACUGCAAUAAGUUCUACUUCAAUAUAAACUACUUGUAAGCAGAUUAUAUAAAACUAACUAAUAUAUAAUUACAAUCAAACAAUGAUACAGCAUAUUAAAAUACCUCGUAAACUAAAUUAAUGACAACCCCGGUGCUUGUUUAAAGUUGUUUCGGUUUGAAGCGAGAUCACUUCGCACCAACUUGUUUUCAUACAACGUAUGUUUCAAAUUCCUAGUAUAUCCAAGUAUAACUAACUGAAACUAGCCGCAGUGUACACAGCUCACAUUCUAAAUAUGAUUUAAUGUAAUUUACAACUGGCUACGCGUCCAAUAGCACGAAAAACAAAUUUAACACGUUUGUGCUUAUUACUUUUUGUUUUAUAUACGUUAAUUUCGCUAAAGCCGAAACUAUUAAUGAAGGACUAGCUUUUCGCUUGUAUUUCCUAUCUGUAUAUGCUCACAGUUAUGCUUUUGAAUAAAAGUAACAUGUUGACCCGAAAAUAAAUUAUAUAUAUCGAACACCUUUAUUGGCUUUAUGUAUUAUGUUUUCCACUGCUUAUAAUCUGCGUGUGAGUGACGAUGUUUGUUAUUCAAUUCCGCAAAAUCUACUGAACUGAUUUCGAUGAAAAGAAAUUUCUGGAUGAAAACUAUCAAUGCAUUCAAAUAUAUGCUUAAAAAUGUGUGUUUUCUCGGAACAAAAUGUAUGCAUUCUAGGUACUCUACGUUAUAACAUUUGUUAUAACGUAGAUUACCUAAGUGUAGUAGAUUUUACGUGAUUGAGCAACUAACAUUCUUAUUUCGGUUUACGGUCACAUUCUCAGAUUGAAACAAUGGUAUUUAUAAUAUUUUAUGAGCGCCUAAAUGUUUUAUACUGGUCUAUUUUGUCCUGUCGAGAUUGCCGAAGGGUUGGCGAGCCAAAACACGAUUGCAUUUAUCUCGCAAAUGACAUUUCUACCCUCGAAAACAGAAAGUAAUAACAUUCACUUUAUUUGAUUGUUUAUUGAAUUUAUUAAUAUCUGUUUUAUCAAUCUUUUGUUAUCUCUUCUGGCGAAACUUGGACUUGUUGAUUGAAUAUUGCUCAAAGCGAUUUGGAUGAUAAUUUCAUAACCGCCGUUCUGCUUAUAAAUCUAAUAAUAAUUUAUAUUAUUUUGCGAAUAACAUUCGUUAUUUUAUAAUAUUUUAGAUGUAACUUAGUUUUGUUAAACAUUUAAGUGAAUUAAGUUUGUAGCUUUAAUAUUUGUAGCUAUUUUGUAUGGGAAAAUAUGUAUUUUGUAUUACUUUUGUAGUGGAUGUGAUGUUUUAAGGUUUUAUAGUCUAAUUUGUGAAUUUAACUUUAUGAUUUAAAAUUUAUGAAUACGAAGUGGGAUGAUUUUAAACUCUUGCCUCGACGUCGCGAAGUGUGCAAGUUGUUCCGUGUGUCUUCGCAAUUUUGAAGUUUGUCGCUGUGAUUGCGACUAGGUUUUUUAACAGUUAUUAUAUUUAUGCUAAAAUGUAUUUUCUCAGCCAUUUAUUUAUACGACUUCUAGGCUACCUUAUUAACAAGUUAUUGAUGUAUAAAUUGACUAGAUAUAAAACGAUAACAAUUUAAUAAUACCUAUGCUAAUGACUGAUCUAUUUUACGGGAGUUUGUCAAUGUUAUGUAAAUGUAUAUUCUAAUUGUAAUUGUGUGAGAGUUUGAUUAAACAAAUACUGUAUUAUAUA